UAUAUAUAAACCCAUCCAAGGUUAAAAACCCACAAAAGUAAAACUUUCUAACACAGUAUAAAAACAUUCCACAUAAAAAGAGAGGCAGGGAAUUGAAGGAGGAAGUAAUAAAAACAUGGAAUUCUCUUGCAAACACUUUAAGGUAGGGAAAUGUGAAGGAGAGAAACUAGUUGACGGGGAAACCAUCCCUUUGGUGCUACAACCUUCUGAGGCCAACAAGAAUGACUUGGAAUCAUUGUUGUUGGCUCUGAAGAACAACAAGGAAUGGUUUGAACAAAUGAUCAUAAAGAACAGUGCUGUUCUUCUAAGAGGCUUUGAUGUAAAGAACGCUGAGGAAUUCAAUGAAAUUGUUGAGAUCUGUGGCUGGGAAGACAUUCGUUAUGUCGGACCGGCGCCGCGCACUCAUAUUUACAAGAGAGUUUGGACGGCCAAUGAAGGUCCCCUGUCAGAGUUCAUAUACUAUCACCAUGAAAUGGUUUUGUUCAAGGAAUGUCCCUUGAAAGUUAUCCUGUUUUGUGAGAUACCACCCCCAGAAGGAGGACAGACCCCGGUCGUGCCGAGUUUCAAGGUGACAGAAAAGAUGGUGGAAGAGUUCCCGGAGGCUGUGAAGGAAAUGGAGGAGAAGGGAUUGAGGUACACAUUUACAGCUCCUGGUAAAAAUAACACUGGUUCCAUGAGAGGAAGAGGGUGGGAAGAUGCCUUUGGGACCUCAGAUCCCCAAGAAGUUGAGAAAAGGGCAAAAGCUUUUGGAAUGGAACUGGAGUGGCUUCCAGAUGGUGGGUUGAAAACAAUACUUGGACCAAGAAAUUUAACAAAGGUAUUUGAAGGUAGAAAAGGAAGAAGAAUGUGGUUUAACACAAUAGUAGGCAUGCAUGGGAGGGAGAUUAGCUCGGCGAAGAUGGCGGACGGAACAGAAAUCCCAGAAAAUGUGGUGAAAAGGUGUGCACAAAUCAUCGAAGAAGAAAGCAUCCAGUUCAAAUGGGAGAAGGGAGAUCUUCUGUUCCUUGACAACUUGGCUUUGCUCCAUGGAAGAAGGCCUUCCCUUCCUCCUAGAAAGGUCUUAGUUGCUACAUGCAAGUAGUUUUGGUAUUUGAUGCAUGUGUUCAAUAUAUGCAGUGCAUAUGACGAUGAGGAUUGGGAAUAAAAGCCAUUAGUAU